CUGCAGAAAAAACAGCACAUCCCUUCACUUCAGCCUCUGCAGGCGCUUCUAGCUAAAGUAGCUUCCGCUGACUCCUACAUUGCAUGUCUUUGGUCUUGAAGAUGGGGAUGUCAGAUUAUAAACUGAUUUCUCUUCUGGCUCUGGCUUUGCUUCUGAGCGCAUGUGCUUCAGAAGGGAAAAGAGGAAGGCCGAAAGGUCAAGAAAAGACACCUGUCGAGGAGGAGAGUUUCGAUCAAGAUGAUUCACAGGAAAGCACACAACAAGAAGAAAUCCUCCCUGUUGAAGAACAUGAUAAAGAGUCCAUGGUGGACCCGCAAACUACAAGUCCUGCGCCCUUCACAGAGACUCUCAAUUCCUCUGUGGCUGCAGAUGGAAACAGCACUGAUGAGCUUGUUCCAACAAAAACGAGCAUCACGAAAAUCCACAACCCUCUGUUUCCCAUCACCGACAGCUCUUACAGCGCGUAUGGGAUCCUGUUUCUGGCGUUUGUGGUGUUUGCCUUCGGCGUCGUGGGUAAUCUGGCUGUAAUGUGCAUCGUUUGGCAGAAUUACUUCAUGAGGAGCGCUUGGAACUACUUUCUGGCCAGUCUCGCUUUUUGGGAUUUUCUGGUGUUAUGCUUCUGUCUGCCGGUGGUGGUUUUUAAUGAACUCACCAAUAAGAGGCUGCUGGGGGAUUUCUCAUGCAGAGUUGUGCCUUAUAUCGAGGUAACAUCUCUCGGUGUGACCACCUUCAGUCUGUGUGCGCUGGGCAUUGACCGCUUCCAUGCUGCCACCAGCUCCAUGCCAAAGGCGCGGCGGGUCGAACGCUGUCAGAAAGUCCUUGCCAAGCUGGCGGUGGUGUGGAUCGGCUCCAUGUUGCUGGCGGCUCCAGAGCUGCUCCUGUGGCAGCUGGAUCAGGUCACAUCCCCUACCCUUGGUGACCAAGUGGACACCUGCAUCAUGAGUCCAUAUCCAGACCUCCCUGAAUCCAUCUAUUCACUCAUUAUCAACUACCACGACGCUCGCAUGUGGUGGUACUUUGGCUGUUACUUCUGUCUACCUGUGGUCUUCACCCUGCUCUGUCAGCUGGCCACCUGUCACGUGUCUGGCGGGAGCGGAAGCUCUCCAAAGCGUCCAGAGGAGCGAUCCCCAUCCAAAAAACAAAAGAUUCAACACGCUCAGCAGGUGGAACGACAGCUCAACUGCACAGUCAUGGCUCUGGCAGUGGUUUACGGUGUCUGUACGCUUCCGGAGAAUGUCUGCAACCUCACCAUGGCGUACGCUCCCAUUCAAGUGUCCGAGGAGGUGUCUUCACUCCUUGCCCUCAUAAACCAGUUUUUUCUGUUCUUUAAGUCAUCGGUGACACCGGUGCUGCUGCUUUGCCUGUGUAAGUCUCUGGGACAGGCCUUCAUGGACUGUUGCUGCUGCUGCUGUGAGGAAUGCCAGCCAAGCAACUCUUCAUCCACCCAAAAUGUCGCCGAAGGCAAGCUCAAGACCUCCAAUGAUGUGUCCUCCAUUUUUUUCGAUAAAGCCAAGGACACUUCGACUAUCUUGUCCAUCGGUAGUUGAGUAGGCGGAUCCGGUCCCUAAGUGAUGACAUAAAACCUAUAAAACAACCUACUUUUUUCCCCUCAUCCACAAGUGGCCAUCUUUACAUUUUGCAAUACUUACUGUAGAAGCAAGUUACUGCUUCUAGGUUAGGUUUAGGUUAAUGGGGUCCAAACCUGUCCCUGGAGGGCAGCUGUCCUGCACAUUUUAGUUCCUAUCCUAAUUAAGGUCUAUUAAGGAAGCUAAUCAAGGUCUUGAGAAACUUCAAGUGAAGUGUGCCAAUGUUGGUUGGAGCUAAACUUGCAGAAGAGUGACCCUCCAGGAACAGGAUUGGACAACCCUGGUUUAUGUACCGUGUUUACACCAGACCCUGGACUAAAGAAAGUAUAGCCCAAUUACAAUCAGUGAUUCUGUCUACACUGAAUGUGGAGCAAUUUAAAAAAUCCCUGACAGUAAUCUCAAGACAGAAGUUCUACUUGUGAAAUGAAGGGGAAACAGAUUGGAAGUGUCUGCAUUGUCACAACCAUUGUAGACAGUGUUAACUGAUGUGGUGCGAAUCAACAAUGGUUGCAUCCAGUGUGGAUAAGAAGAAUAUUUUCAAUUAGGAUCUAAAUCAAGGGUGUUCAGUCCUGCUCUGUCCUGCAGAGUUUAGCUUCAACACAAAUUAAACAUGGCAUCUAAUCAAAGAGUACAUUCCAUUUGAAGGAUUAACCCCUCUGAGUGACACCUUUAAAGAAAUUAGGGUAUAGGGAUGAGCCUUUUUGAGUGGAACAUGCUUUUUUACAUCAAACAACUUCCCUGUGCAAAUGUUCAGGGGGGACUGACAUGUCCAUCAGUUAUACCCUUUGAAAUCCUUCAAUCCGAAGGGCCUUUGUAAGUGGCCAGUUUUUAGCACUUCAGUUUGAAAUGUAAAUACUAAAUAUAUUGAUUAUUGAUUAUUUUCACUCUGAAGUGCUCUUCGGAUGGUGUUAUACAUUUAAAAAAAAUGGAAUUCCCACUUGUCCUUAAAAACUUCAGUGUAAGUGUGUUGGAGUUGGUUGGAGCUUAAAUUUGCAGGACAGUGACCCUCCAGGAGCAGGAUGUGUCCAACUCCUUGUUUGAGUACAGUGAUUCUGUUUACACUGGAUGUGGUGGAUUAUGAAAUAUCUGGGAAUGAGACAUUAAAACAUGUUGGACAUGAAGGUGAAAUGGAUUGGGAAUGUUUGCUUUCUCACCUCUAUUGUAAACAUCUUUUAACUGAUGUGGCUCAAUGCAAUUGUUGCAUCGUUAGACAGGGUGCAAAACUUAGUGGGUAAAAGUAUAUUUUUCUUUUCAAUAUGUCAUUUUUGCGUGUCCAGUCCUGUAGAGUUUAGCUCCAACCACUCUAACACACUUGCCUGUACAUUUCUAGAAAAGGCUGUUGAAUGCAAGCUUGCAACCUUUAGCCAAAAAAGCUAAACAGAGAACAGUGACUUUGCUGGUACAUAUUUAAGGAGGCAAAUGUUGAUGAAGAAAAAUGAAAUGCUUUUCAUUGGAUGUCAAGUGAUAUGCUUUUCAUUUUAGGAAUCAACAGUGCAUCAGCUACUCUUCUACUAUUUGCCUUUAAACAUUAGUUUAGGAUUGCUCAACAUUUUAAAUGGUUUAAAACAUUUCAUCAAUGUUGUCCUAAAACUAUUGAACACCCAGUAUUGUUUUAGGACAAUUUUACAAAACUUGAUCUAUUACAAAUGUUGACUACUGUACUUCUGAGUUAAAACUGUAAAAUAAAACAAGUCACAGACCAUUAUGCAACAGGUAAAGUACAGCAUGCGGGACUUCUCAUUUAUUUCUAUAGUCUCAGCAAACAUUGACUAAGUGACACACCUCUGGUAGUAGGUCAAUUGUAUGUCAAGGAUGUAAUGUGAUUGGAUAUGAAAUACCAUUGAAUUUCUCCAAUGGUAGAUCCAGAGACUGUUCUAUCACUCAAAUUGUGAUCAUCUCUGUUCAGUCAUUUCUGAGUCUGAAGACCUUGAUCUAUAGCCUCAAUAUUCACUAUUUAAUUCCCUAAUAUACCCUCUUAAUAUAUAGGAGGGAACGAACACAAGUGUGCAAACUUGGGGAUUGAGUUCACUGGAAGGGCUGCCAAUUUAGCAUUGAUUGAUCUUAUAUUUUAAAAUAAUUUAGAUCGUAGCAAACUGGCACGUCCUGUAGUAAUAAAAAGAUUUAUCAUUAACACUUCAGCAAGGGGACCAACUCUUAUUACUCAACUGGUUGCUUAUUAGCUUGCAUAUUGACUGUUUAUUAAUACUGAUACAACGCAUAUAUUACUGCCAUACAUCACCAUAUUCAUACCUAAACUUACAACAACUACCUUACUAAGUACAAAUAAGCAGUAAAGUAGGAGUCUGAGGCAUAAGACAAAAGUGCUUAUGUGUUCCCUUUACUGAAGUGCUACAGAUUUAUCUUGCACAUCAUCAUGGACUCUAGUAUGUAUAGUCUAUCUUCUGGCAACAUGCAAGUAAUCAUUGGGUACAAUCCUCAGGGUGCAUUAUGAGUAUUUGCUAGCGAUUCAGUGUUCAUUGAUUGUGCACUCAUAUUUGAGGUGCAUUAUGGGAUUGAUCGAGUACACAUAAUAAUAUUUACUAUGGUUUUGGACAACAAUAGAUGUUGUCUUGCAUUAAAAUAGAGCCCUAUUUAAGGGUAUAGGUUGCAAUUUGUGCCAAUUGUUGGAUUGAAGCUAAACCCUGCAGGACAGUUGGACACCCAUGAUCCCAGUUCUGUGUUUGGCAUCUUAAAGCAGUUCACUUUAUAUCAUUUUAAUAAUCUGAAGUUUCAUUCCAUAUCUCAGGAUGGCUCAAUGUACCUAUAAAGUCUUGAGAGAUGGUUCAACCAGUCAUUUACUCACCCUCAUGUUGUUCCAAAGCUAUGUUUAUGUCAUAUUUAGGGGGAAAUAACCAACAUAGGCUCGUUCUGAAAACGUAGCCCUAUAUACGUUUCUGGAGGUCGUGAAUUAUGUAGCCAGAGCUACGUAUGGCUGCAUUUCGUCUUUAAAAGGAAUGCUACGGGAUGGUAUGAUGUCAUUCCUUUUCUUGCUUUUCAGCGGACCGCUUACCUGCAUGUGAACGGCUUUUCCACUGUUACCAGUUUGUCCGGUAGCUCGACAUACGUCGGCGGACCUGCGAUGCAUAGCGGAGUUGACUGUGACGACAGGGUAAGAGUCCAGUGCAGAACAGUUCCAGAAAGAGGGUAAGACAAAAACAAAAGCCAAAAAAUGAAAUAAACAAGUAAAUAACAGGGUGAGAAUGUGGUGAAUUCUGAAAACAUGGUAAAAAUCAGGUGAGGGCUUCUCUUUUUUUGGAUUGUUUUUCAAAACACUGGGUUUAGGGAAGGAGGUGUGCGCGGGUCAAUAGGUGCUUUUCAAAACACUAGGUUGGAUUUAGGGAAGAGGGGAGUAGGUAGAUCAGUCGGUUGGUCAGUCAGUCAAUGAGCUAGUCAACAGCGGCCUCUGGUGGAUUUACGUGAGAACAGCAGGUGCGAAUGGCACUCGCGAGAGAUAUUUGAGAUCUCAAAAGCGUACACAUAGGACUCUGGCGAAUUCGCGAAGCAGAAAAUACACAAAAAAAAACAUAGCUCCUGGGACUUAUUUUGCUCUCUCCAGAAAUGUAUAUAGAGGUACGUAAUCAGAAUGAGCCUGGGUUGAAAAUAACACAUUUUAUGAAGGCAAGGCAAGGGAAGUUAUUUAUAUCACAUUUAAUACACAAUUAUGUAAAGUGGUUUAAAUAACCAAGAAAUGCAUAUUAUACAGGGUGAUUCAAAACCACAACUUUGAAAAUCUGUAUUUAAUCAAAGAAACAUGAUGACAACAGCGCUCCUAGCGACCAAAUGAGCAACCAAAUGAAACUUCAAUAAAUCGGCAACAGAAAGAGCUUAGCUCUCCGUUUCUUCUUUGCGGAGUUCUCGAUUUUCAAAGUUGUGGUAAUCUUUUUUUGAAUCACCCAUUAUAAAGAAAACAUGUUGAAAAAAAUUCUGAAGGUUUACCUUCCUUGUAAGCUUUAUUCAAAAUAUAUUUUGUGUGUGGAACAACAUGAGAGUUAAUAAAUGGCAGAAUUGAGAAUUUAAUACAGAAUAUCACCAGGGUCUCCACUUUUAAUUAAGAUUCAAAUGUCCCAUUCUUCAAGUUACUCUGCACAGAUAAUUCAGAAUUUUACACAUAGCUCUGAGUGUAUAUAUAAUUAGCUAAACACUCUGACAGAUCAGAAAUGCAGUGAAUACUAUCAGAUCACAAAUAACACAUCGUUUUGUUGUAGGAAAACAUGUCUGUUACUCAGGCAAAGGUUAUUUAUCACUAAUUUCAAUUAAUGCCACUUGUUUCAUAACCACUGAACAUUCAUUUACACUGUUGAAUCUCAACUUCUCUACUGUAUAUACACACUCAGCCGAAUUAGAAUGUAAAUAGAUCAUUUUUUUGGAAAGCAAAGUAGCCUUGAAACCCUUUUAUGUAGUACAAGAAGACAAAAAUUUAAUGGCGUACCUCCUCAUGGAACUGUUUGCACAUAGCCGCUUUCAAAAGCGACUCUUUUAAAAGGUUCAUAAACAAGUUUAUAAAACUCUAUUCAAUAAAUGCCUUUAAAUAA